ACAGUUCGACACGGAAAAUAGCGAAAAAAGCACGCAAAACUCAGCACAAAUAAAAAACACACACACAACAGCGGACACACAAAUUCGCCCCGUUCGGCUAAAAUUGGGAGGCAUUUUUUCUAUUGUUUUCCGAUUCGUUGUUGCGUGCGGUUGCGGACUGUGUGUCGAUGGCGUGUCGGCUGAUCUGGUAGCAGAAGGAAACAAACAUUCGUGCGGAAAGAGCAGGUUUGUGUGCGUGCAAAGGUUGUGUUGUGUGCAAAAACGCGUCCACACACACAGUACCCAGCGAAGGCAGAAUUAGCCAGCAUAUUAGCAAUGGCAGCAUAGAGAAAAAAGGCAGAAGCAGCAGCAGCAGCAGCAGCAGCAAGCAAAGAUAUGUAGGAUUGUGUGUGUGUUUAAUGCUCUCAGUGAAGAUAUUUGCCCCGUGCCGAGUGUAGUCUGUGCGAAUGUGUGUUGCAAAAGUGAUGUUUAAUGUUUAAAAAAGUGGAAUAUAAUUAGUUGGAUAGAAGUGCCAACACGCAGGAAGCUGGUUGUUCGCACCAGCAACAAAUUGAUCAUGAUGUUGCUUUACUAAUUGCCAACCAAAAAAAAAAGCAACCACACAAAAGAAGAAGUGUUCUGUUUGGAAGUGCGAUCCAAAAAGUGUUUAACAGUGCAGUGCAAAAAAAAAGCAUAACAAAUCGCAAAAGAAGCAAUAAGCAAGUUUGCUCUCGCUACACUUAAACGCACGAAAAAAACGGAAACAAAAACCCCACCGCCGGGGGAGGUAGAAAAGGGGUAGCGCGCAGCAGGAGCAGGCGCAAGCGAAGAAGGCGAAUAAAAAUAAAUAAAAGUGCUAAUCUUUUCUGAUGAGCAAAAAUUGGCCGUGCCGUUGCGAUCGCGAGUUCGAAACGUCUUCGCCGCCGCCGCCAUUCGUUUCCGGUCGCUGCCGAUGGCCGCCGGCAAAACUGUGGUGCAGCCAGCAGCAACCGUGAGCAACCGGAGCAAAUUCUCAAUGACGCAGGUCGGCAGCAUUAGUACCGCCACCGGGCCGAAAACGACGACGAUCGUGAUUGAUCGUAAAGUGGAAAAACGUAGAGCAACCACCACCCGUGCCGGUACGACGAUGGGGAACAUUAGUGCCGCCGGCGACGGUGGGUCGGUGGGUGGCGGAAGAUGGCAGAAAAGUGGUCGGCGUCUGCAGCACCACCAGCACCAGUGGUCAGUGCUGUCGUUCGCUGCCAUGAUCCUGCUGUUGCUGCCCAGUCUCAGCGAUCGGAGCUUUGCCAAAGCAUCAACAAUUCAGCGACACACGGCCGAUGAUAACGAUACGUCGUCAAUGGUACAGCAGGCGAAGGAUCAACAGCCGCCGAACGGGAAGCAGCAUUCCAGCUCGGGCGAGAACUUUCCCCAACCACCGAACGGUGCUCUGGCGCCGGCCUCCCUACAGGCAGCGUCGCCCCAAACGAUGACACUGACGGCGGAUAAAAAUAAAACCAAACUACUUAAAUGUCACUGCGACAUUUGCAAGGACGAAAACUUCGUGUGCGAAACGGACGGCCUUUGCUUCACCUCGCUCACGCGCGAAUCGGACGGUACACUCAAGUACUCCUACAGGUGUUUCGAUCUGAAGGACCAUCUGGGUCCAUUUACCUGGAACUGGUGCCUUAAUCAGACGGAUGGUACGCCAAACGAUCACUACUGUUGCUACGGACCAGACUUGUGUAAUUUGUCGCUCAAACCCGCGACGCCGAUGGUGGAAGCCCAAGAAGAGGAAAAGUGGCCAGCCGCAUUACUGGUCGUGCUGCUGUUGGCCGCACUCGCGGUAACGUUGAUCGCGGUCUUUUCCGUGCUAUUCUACGGCCGCCGUAAGCGUAACAGUGGCGCACGGCAAAUACUGCCGGAAGAUUCGGUGUGCGGUGCGAGCUAUCCGAUACUGAACGGCCACACUACCAUACAGGAUUUUAUUGAGUUGACCACAUCCGGUUCUGGUUCUGCUGGACUGCCAUUAUUGGUGCAACGCUCAAUCGCUCGUCAGAUACAGCUGGUCGAGGUGAUCGGCAAGGGACGCUUCGGUGAGGUGUGGCGCGGCAGAUGGCGGGGUGAGAAUGUGGCGGUAAAGAUAUUCUCCAGCCGCGAGGAAUGUUCCUGGUUCCGGGAGGCGGAAAUCUAUCAGACGAUUAUGUUGCGCCACGAAAACAUUCUAGGCUUUAUUGCGGCGGACAACAAAGAUAAUGGCACCUGGACCCAGCUCUGGCUGGUAACGGACUAUCACGAGAAAGGUUCCCUGUUUGACUUCCUCACAGCACGCUGCGUCGAUCCGGACACGAUGCUCGAAAUGGCGUACUCGAUAGCGACCGGACUGGCCCACCUGCACAUGGACAUUGUCGGUACGCGCGGUAAGCCCGCGAUCGCCCACCGUGAUCUAAAGUCGAAGAACAUUCUGGUCAAAUCGAACCUUACCUGCUGCAUCGGUGAUCUUGGGCUGGCGGUGCGCCACAUCGUCACGACCGACACGGUUGACAUACCGUCGACGCAUCGCGUCGGCACCAAGCGCUACAUGGCACCGGAAGUGCUGGACGAAACGAUCAACGUGUACCAGUUCGAUUCGUUCAAGCGGGCGGAUGUGUACGCGCUGGGGCUCGUACUGUGGGAGAUCGCCCGGCGGUGUAACGUGGACGGCAUUUACGACGAGUAUCAGCUGCCUUUCUACGACGUGGUGCAGCCCGAUCCCACCAUCGAAGAGAUGCGAAAGGUAGUCUGUGUGGAUCAGCAGCGUCCGUGCAUACCGAGCCGAUGGGUUGCCUGCGACACCCUGCACGCAAUCUCGAAGGUGAUGAAGGAAUGCUGGUACCAGCAUCCAGCCGCCCGUCUGUCAGCACUCAGGAUCAAGAAAACGUUGGCGAAUCUACGCUAAAUGCGUGCUCUUCUCAUUCUCCUAUACAUCCCGUUCCCGUGCAAGAACAAGCAACAGAAUACGGUGUUUUUAAACGUACUAUUUAACAUAAUUCGACAGACGCAAAAAAAAGGGAUGGAAAUGAGAUGAUGAUGAAAGUAACUAAGGACAGAGUGAAAACAAAAAACACACACACAGACACACACACAUACACCCAGCUACUAAGUAACUAUAAAAACCCAUUUUUAAUCGUAAGUCCGUUUAGUUGGAUAAGGUAUUGUGCGUAGUAAGUGGUAUAUGUUUCAUAUAGUGCAUAAGACAAACGCUGACGACAUGAGUGGUAGAAAGGUGCGUGUGCGUGUGUAAAGAAGCGUGGAAAAGGAUACUUGUAUGUGUGGGAAAUUGAGUGAUUGGGAGAUUGUUAGAGAAGAACAACAACAACAACAAACAGAGGCAUAUUGCCACAACUAUAUAUACACAAACGGGGACACACACACACUCACACACUAGAGAGUGGAGACCGUUUGCAGAGACCGAAUGCGAUUGCGUACACCGCCUGCAUUAUGGAACUAAUUUUCUUUUUCCUUGUGUAGUAUUGUCGCCAUCUCGUGAGUCGUGUAAAUGAAAACUCAGAGCAAAAAUUUUCCUAAGAGAUUGAUAAGUUUUUCAUUUUCUUUUAACCAAAUCCAGUGCCGUUUGUAUGCAGGAACCUUCAUCAUGGUUGAGUUUUACGUACAAAGACUAGAAAUGGUUGAGGAGUAGAAAGGGCCCACAAGUAGCCUGGAAGCCUGUGUGGAAGUGCACAGUGGAAUGAGAACAUGACGAGUUGGGACAAGAAAAAAUUAAUUUAAACUCACCGUUACUUUUAUUUAUGGAGUAUGUAAAUCAUUCCCAUUCUCAUCAUAAACUAUUAAGUUAUAACAUACGUAAAUUCAAAAUUGAUUCACGUUUUUACUAUUAAAAAAUAUGAAAAUAUGCAUCUAUAUUGGGUAACAACAUAGUUGAGCGUAUUUUAAAAAUUGGAAAAGUUAAUGAAACCUUAUGAAAUAUCUAAUGAAUAUUUUAACAAGCUUUCACCACAACUUGUAAUAAAUUUUAAAUCAUUUUAUUUAUAUAAUUAACGGUAAGUUAAAAUAUUCUUCUUAUGUCGUGCAUGCUCAUCCACAUAUUUCACCGUGAAUUGCAUGCAGUUGUGAGCCUCUUCUAAUCCUUAACUCCAGAAACAUAUCCACUCUUUUCAAUUUUGCUUUAAACAAAACCCGGCCAACCUUCAUAGCUCCAGAUAAAUUUGAGAUUUUUGCAACACACAAUGAAACAAAAAAAAAACGAACAGAACAGGAUAAAAAGUUAACCGAACAACGCCACAAUGGCACCACUUAAAACCAUAAACAACCCACACUCAUAAACCGGCUGCGGUCGGAAAACGGCCAAUUAAAUGCAGAGUAACGGCUACAAGGAAUAUUGAACAAAGAAUUGCAAACGAAAAAGGAAAACGAAAAACACUUCAAUACCUCCAGUUUUAUUUCUAACAACAAAUCUAACUCCAUCAAUCGAAAGACGGAAGACGACAUCAACGAGUUUGAAAAUAAAUCACCGUGGGGGAUGGUGCGAAAAAAAUGUAGAAAGUAAAUAUUAACGCGCGGUAGUAGUAUUGGUAGGGUAUAGUAGAUUGCGUUAGCAAAACUUGAAUUCAACUAACCGUACAUCCCUCAACAGGCUCUUUUUGUUGUUUGGUUUUGUACUGAACACAUACAAUUCCACAGGUUGAAUGCAAUUUUUUGAAUGUGAUUUGUCGGUUGAUUUUUUUUCUUUCUUUCGGAAGGGCAUGAAGUUAGUUAUAUGUUUGUGGCAGCGCGGAUCAUUUCCCUUUUCUGGAGCAAACAACGAUACCUGCAUGUAAAGAAAGUUUUGCCGAGAGAUUGCAGAUUAUAUGUGUUGGAUGAAAAGUGGAAAGGAAAAUAAUCAUUGUAACAGUGUGUGCGUGUGUUUUGUGUGCGAGAGAGAGAGAGAGAGAGAGAGAGAGAGAGGACGGAAAACAAACACAAAAAUGAUACAAAACUCUUUACAAAGGUCUACAAAUCUUAACAAACAAAAAAAAAAACCCGGAACAUUACCUGUAUCGAUUGCUUCCACAGAACAAAACGAAAAACAUAACAUAAAACAAUACCACAUUCAAACAAAAACAAAGAAAAGAAAAGAUUAAGAUUAAAUACAAAAGUGCACAAAUACAAAUGAAGGGAAAAGGAAUGAAGAAAGGAGAGUAAAAGUUAAAACAAAAGUCUAAUAAUGCAAUAUAAAGCAACCACACUAGAGAGUACUUUAGCGGAUGAUGGUAAAGAAGAAGGUGAAAAACCCAGAGCAAAUUAUAAAAACCGACAAACAAAAAUACCAGUGAAGGAAGGAAACCACGUACCAAUGUGCGACAACCGCAAACAGCUAUUCAAACUUCUGCUCAGAUGUCCACGAUAUGUUCAGGUUCCCCGAGGCCCCCUCCCCCCACAUAUACAGUGUGGUGAUGUAGUGAACGAAUAUAGAAGUUCAUAUAAGAAAAAAAAAGCAACAUAAUACUGCCGAUUUGCGUGAACCGCAAACAAAACUAACCAAAAAAAAAAACAAAAACCCCACAAACACACGCGCGCGUAUGAGACGCGAACGAGACAGGAAGAGAAGCUCAGUGAAAAAGACAGAUAGCGUUGGGAAUACCUACAAUGUUCGGUGCAUUCUUCCCCACUAUUCCGAUCAGGUAAGUUCAGUUCAAAUGUAAUCGAUAAGUAGAUGGUUUUCGCGACAGAGGACAGUGCUCUCGGAGCGACAGCUCAACGCGGGGUUUUUUUUUGGGUUUCUGAUCAUCCAGAAGCGGACAGGCGAACAGCUCCCGAAGCGAGCACGGACUCUGAGAACAUGAACAAUCAAACCGUUUGCCAAACCACUCUUCCAAACCAACAUGAAAACCACCCUCCCAUGAUCCGCCAUCCCUCAAUUCCUGGCACUGCUCCGCGAGAGGCCACACAGGAGUUGCUACGUUUAUCCUGUGAGACAGGCUCGAAGUGAAGGAAGGAAGUGCUGGGUAGUAGUAAGAAGAGUACAAGAAACAAGAAAGCAAAGUAUAAUGAUGAUUGGUAUUCUAUCUGUAGCGUGUCGUGUUUGCGAAAGCCGAGCCGUGGAAGAGGCAUUUAAUCGUUCAGAGGAAAGGCAGUUAGAUGUAUGAGAUGAAUACUACUGUUAAGAUGGCGGAGAGAAAUGAAUCCUUCUACUACAUACAGCCCCGAUAAACCCACACACACACACACAAUCCUACUAGCUACUACUGCUGAUGCUCGUAUGAUUCCAUAAACAUUUAAUAUUACGUUACAGCGGGUUUUUUUGUAGUUAUUACUCCCCAAUAGUCCAACUACUACUACUACCCAGCUAUUCGGUAGUAGCUGGAUGCGUUACGUUACACUUUCCUAUCACUAUUCACACCAAAUAUGUUCGAACUAGCUCCCGUUUGUCGUUAGCGUGUAAGUGUGUGUAUGUGUGUCUAGAAAGAUCUUCCGGAAGUGCUGUCCGUUCCGGUGCGAAUACUGGGUCCAGCAAUGCUCUACACGUUUGAAGCUACCUCCAGAGAUGUACGAAACACGUGGCGUACGCUAUAAAGGCUCGUUUGAAUAAUUUUUGACAAUUUGUUCAUUCUAAAUUCUGGAUGUCCCUUUAGAAUUUCAUUCAGGUGUGCUUGUUUUGAGAUCAGAGCGCCUGAAAGUAUGCAGUAAAAUUUUCUAGAAUAAAAUGUUAUUUCGAAUAAUAUUAUUGCAUACUUUUAGGGGGCGCGAACCAAAGACGAAGCUCAACACCGGAGUGAGUCGUUGAGUAGAGUUCCUUUCUAUUUGCAUUUCUGUUUCCCUUUUCACUAUAAAUUAUUUAAAAUCCAUUAAACUCCAUAACCAAGUUUCAUUUUAUUUUUAAACGAUUUUUUUCUUCAAAUCAAUUGGUGUAUCUCCCCAUUAAGUGUGAAGCCUUACACCGAUCGGUACAAAGCUGUAGUUCAAAUAGAUGUUGGUGUAUGUAUGUGUGUGUGUGUGAUAGCAAUAUUCAACUGUUGAACAACUAGAUGAAUGAACAAAGCAAGAAGCAACAAAAAAAGAAGAAGGCGAUAAUGUUUGUAUGUGUAGCUGGCUGACCAGGCUUUUACCGACGGGCAACACCAACCUGUACGAUUUUCGAUAUGAACACACGCACGCACGCACGCACGCAGAGCGGGCAGCGGGCUAAGUUUCGAACGCUCGGGAUAGUAUACUAAAAACCUCACACACUCACACAACCAACCGAACCAACCAACGCAAGCAAUAGUAUUAGGUGUGAAACACACCGUCCCAUACCAAUAGAGCAACCAUACCAACACUUCCAACCACAGCAACAUUACCAUUACUCUACAGUAUACACCAACACCAUAGCCGCCAUAGCCACACCGACAUACACAAACGAAACAAUAGUUGAAAUGUUGAUUUUCUGUUGUUUCUUACCAAGCAAUUUUCGUUCCAAAUGAAAGUGUGAUCAAUCAAUUAGUUUUUUGUUAAUGUAAGUUCUUUUAUUUUCCCUUUUUCUUAGUUAUUCUGUAAUAGAGUAAGCCAUUUUUGUUUUGUUUUCUCUUUUACCAUUAAAUUAACCGUUGUCAAUCAAGCGCGAACCUGGAAGAUAAUCCUUUUUCUAGUUCUAUUAUACUAUUAUUACUAUUCAUCGUACAUUGACCUUUGUGUAAGUGUACUUUACGUUUAUCAAAUCCCAUCUUCAAACCCACACACUCACACACAAACAGAAAGUAGGCUUAAUUGCACAAGCAGUGGGAAGAUAAAAAAAAUAGAACGCUCUUGUAACAUUUACAAGAAUCUUAUUGUGAGUACCCUUCUUGAGUUGAGCUAGUGUUACUACACCAAAACUUCCGUUCUAAUUUCCCCCCGUCCCCGUUAUUAAAUCCCGAAAAGUGAGGAAAAGGUUUUGAAGAUAGAAGAAAAGCGCUGCGCAACACAGAUAGACCUGAUGUUCAUUAAACUGUUCUAAAAGAUACGAGUGUGUUUGUGUGUGUGUGUGUACUACUACUACUAAUGAUGAUGAUGAUGAUGAUGGAAAGCGAGUGAAGAUAGUGAAGAGAAGGAGAAAAAUAAGGAGGCGAUUGAAGAUAACAAAAGUAAUUUAAAAUUUUCAUAUUGGAGAUGGAAAGCAGAUGAGUAAGUGUGAGUUAAAAAACGGAAAAGAAAACAAAAGUUUGUAGGAAUUGAGGAUAAGAGAAGUGCAAACCCACCCCCCGGGGAAGCAGAAGCGAAGUUAAUAAUUAGCAGAAACAGAAACAUAAUUUAUACUAAAUACAGUUUUCCCCCGUGUCCCGUCCCUCCCUCUCUUCCCGCCGGUAUCCCUUUCUCCCCAGAGCAUCUAAGAAAAAACAACCCGUGUUAAAGCAACAACAAAACAAAAGUCUACAAAAAACAAACUUAAACAAACAAGCAAGCAAAAUACAAACGUAAAAUAGAGCAAAUAAAAGGAGAGGAGAAAGAAGAAACAUUUAAACAAAACAAAAACAAAAAAACACGGAGAAAGAGAAACGGAAGUGGAAGAAGAACGAAGCAAGAAAAGGAGAGAAGGGAAGGGAAACAUGUAUGUAAGACAGGCAAAUGCAACACAGACAAAACACAGAACAAAGCUACAAAGUUGUUAAGAAAGAGAGGGAGAAGGAUAGCGAGAAAGUUUAAGAAGAUGUAAAGGCAACAGGACACGCUCUAUUUAAACUAUUUAAAUCGUCGAAAAAGAAGAGUGGUAAAGGAAGAACGAAAGCAAACAAUGUAAAUGAGGUUUGAAGUACCUUGUUUAUCUGUCCUCCUUCCCUCCCCCCUUUCUUUUGCACGGCGCAGAAUAUGAAUCGGAAAGAAAAGCUGUUGAAAAGCUAUUAAAGCGCUCGCAAGAAUAAAAAAAAAUGCUUCUCAGUGAUUAUUGAACAAAAAUUGUGGACAAAACGAAAAAAGAUGAACUGAACUGAAACACCCAGUUUGCUCAACGAACUCCGCCAUUUUUUUGUUUCUUUUCAAAAGGAAUAGAGUCGCCUCCCUCUACCUGCCCAGUGAGAUUAAGUUGUCUUCUUCUUCUUCUUCUUAAAUCCACAUUAAUCCAGGUUGAUUUAGGUUCCUCUGAUUGGCCGUUAGGGAUGACGGCCGAUCGAUAGUUAAGAACGUUUGCAACAAUUCAACACUAACAUACCUCGAAUAGAAGAUACAGGAUCCUACAGGUUUGAUGUUUGGUUAGUCCGUACAAAUAGUCCAGAUGAUGCGUAUGUGUGUGCGUGCGUGUGCCAUCAGCAUUGAAACCCAAAACCCCGCAAACAAAAUACAUAGGCCAAGGAAGAGAGGAAGCAACUCGGAAUGGAAACAGCAAACAAACCCCCCUAUACAAACCCCAGACGAUGGUACAUCGAACGAUCGAAAGAUUGGCGAUCGUCCAUUUUCGGUUUUCCUAUUUGUGGUUUAGAGUGUUUAGAGUGUUAGAGAGGAGUUCGAACCGCAAAAGAGAACUGUUCAAUCGGUUAAAGGGGAUGUUUAAAAUGGAUAGUGAAAUAUUGGAAGCUAGUUGCGGAACUUUGCAACCAUAUAAUGGAAUUUUGCAUACAGCUAGAGGAAACUUUGCAGAGCGGCUAAAGUGGUAAUUAUGAGAUACCAUUAUAUGGUGGCAAAGUACCUCAACGGAGCUUGCAAUAUUCCACUAUCCAUAUGAAAUAUUCCCUUAAGCGAGUGAAAAGUUCCACCAAAUGGAUGGAACACCUUGCAAGAAUGCAUCCCGAUACGGAAGAUACGGAUUAGAGUUUGGAACCUAGCGAUUGACUUUAAAUGGUUUGUUGGCUAAAACAAGGAACACAGAGAUAGAGGGAGAGAGAGAGAGAAGCUAGAGGAGCGCAUGGUAGCGAGUAAGGCCUGUGUAGACUGUAGCAGUAGACUGUACGUCGAUUAUGAUUUUCUACCUCAUUUAUUUGAUAAUUAAUGUACGUUCGUUCUUGAGCGGUACACGAUUUUGUGUCGGGUGUGUGAAAUAAGAAUAUUGUUCCCUCUUUUUCCUGCGUUUUUUUUUUGUUUUCUAUUAAAACAAAAAACCCAGCUAGUGUGGUAAGGAGUAAGGUAAGCGAAAAACACAACAAACACACACACUCCUUCACACCUUCAUUCACCUAUACAUAUGCUCAUAUCAUUCAUUCAGUGCGAGCGAUAGUAAGUUAUGUUUAGGGGUUAUUUUGUCAAAAGCUAAAGGAAAAACUCGUUAAAACCAUUUUGUAACUUUUGCCCGUUAAGUUCCCAUUCUCAUGAGUAAAACCUAAAUAAAACCUAAAACUAAACCUAAAUAUUAAAGCAUGCUGCAGGCUUGGAAAGAGGAAACAAAAACAGUAAAAGAUGAAAAAGAAAUCAAAAUUGAUGGAUUUGGCUAUGAUUAAUGAAACGUUUGUUUUUGUAUCGAAAAAAAAAGAAGAAGAAAAAACGUACAAAGUACGGAAGAGAGCAAGAAAAGAAGAGAAGAAAACAUCAAAAGAAAUGAGAAGCAAAGCAAAACGAACAAGAGACAGGGAGAAGGUAAGGAAAGAUAAGCUAAGCUUUGGAUGAAAAGGGGUUGUCAAAAGUCUGCAAAGAAAAGGAAAAACAAGCAACAAACAAAUAGCUGAAAGCAAAAUUAGUGUUUAGGGGAAUGGUUUUUGGAUGAAAAAAAGCAAAAGAGUUCCUUAAAGGAUUUCUUUUUCCAUAAUCGCUAAAUAUGAUUAUAUAUGAUAUUUUGCUUUGCAAAUUGUGUGUGUGUUUUUUUCUUUCGAAAAGGAAAAAUGCCUAUUUGCUAACAGUUUUUUGACAAAAGAAAAAGAAAACUCCCAAUUGGUUUACGCUUAAGCGGAAUCAAGCUCAUAUGCCUGUUAUGAUUAUAAUGAUCAUUGCGCAGUGCGCGUGUGGUUUUGUGUUUGCUGAAUAUUAUAAUUAUGAACAUUCUUAUUCCCUCUACUGCAUUAGUGCGUGCAGAUACAUUCAACACACACACACACAUACACUCACACUCUAAUGUGAACCCCAUAAUACUAUUAUAUUAUUGUCCUUAUUAUUAUAAUUAUAUUAUAAUCCUAUAUUUAGGUAUGCGAGAGAGAGCGAGAGGGAAAAAGAAAGAGAGAGAGAGCAAGUCGAAAGAAAAAGGCAAACAUUUACACACGAUGCAAAAUGGGGGCAAAAAACAAAAAAGAAAACAAGAACUAUUCUCUUAUUAGUGUAAGCGUGAAAAAGAAAAACAAAAGAAGAAAACAAAACAAACACAAAACACGGAAAGCGGCGCACGGUUGCAAAAAGGAGUAAUACGGGGAAAAAAAACGAAAGAAAGUAAGUAAAGAAGUAAACAGAGGAAGAAAGUGUAACAGGUGUGUGUAGUGCUAAGCAAAGGGGUUAUGGGGAGAAAAUAAGAAUAAAGAAAACAAAAACAAAACUAACACUAAACAACAUGAAAGUAAAAUAUACACUGGUUAAACCAAUGUAAAAAUGAUGCCGAGCGUUUGUGUGUGUGUGUGUGAGUGUGUGUAUCGAAGAAGAAAUAUUAAUUGUAUCGUUUCGUUUCUUCCUUCACCAUACAUACCUUCACAGAAGACACACACACUCACACAUACAAUGCUUACAGUUGGAAGCAUCGGAACAUGUAAAGAAAAAUUAAGUAAGAGUGUACAACAGCACAUUAGAACUACACAAACAGAGCAGCAGUCGGAUGGAAGGUGACUGGAUAAGGAAACAAGAAAAGAUAAAUAUUAACAUAGACUAUAGAGUGUAAGAGAUACAAGAAAAAAAACAAAACAAAACAAAA